GGUGGAGGACAGUUGUUCUCAUCGGUGGGCAUUUACAGGGGUGUCCUAGUGGCCAUCAAGAAACUUAAGAAGGAACACGUUCAGAUAACCAGGGACAUCCUUAUGGAAUUUAAUCAAAUGCGCGACAUAGCCCACGAGAACUUGAACGUCUUCGCAGGCGCCUGCAUCGAACCGCCUAACAUCGCCGUCUUCUGGUACUACUGUCCCAAAGGAAGUCUCAAUCAGGAUGUUUUGGAGAACGAAGCCAUAAAGUUGGACAACACUUUUAAGUUGAGUUUCAUGUUGGACAUCAGCAAAGGGAUGCACUACUUGCAUUCCAGCCACCUAUCAUCACACGGCAACCUCAAGAGCAGCAACUGUCUUAUUGACUCCCGGUGGACGCUUAAGAUAACGGAUUAUGGACUGGCGAGUUUCCUGGCAGGACAAAGUUUCUACGAAGCAGAGAUGGACAUGUACAAAAAAAAGCUAUGGACAGCGCCUGAAAUUUUGAGAGAAAAUAUUCCGCCGUUGAAGGGUACGCAGAAAGGCGAUGUUUUCAGCUGUGCAAUCGUUUAUUUUGAGAUCAUAACGAGAGCAGAGCCCUACAACUUCGACAACAUCACCCCCAGAGAUGUAAUCUGUCGAGUGAGGAACGGCGAGAGCAUUGCAUACAGACCAGCACUGCCGGAAACAAGUGAAAUGGGCAGGCAAAUCCUGGACCUCAUUCGAUCCAUGUGGAAUGAAAACCCGGAUCUGAGGCCAACUUUUCAUUUUGUGAAGUCGGCGGUCAGCAAGAUAUCUGACGGAGACAGCAUCAGCAUUCUGGACACCGUGAUGAAGAUGAUGGAGAAGUACGCUCAAAACUUGGAAGAAAGUGUUGAAGAAAGAACCCGCCAACUUCUAGAGGAGAAGAAAAAAACAGACGAACUGCUCUACAAGCUCUUGCCAGUGAGUGUGGCAGAGCAGUUGAAAGUUGGAAAGUUUGUGCAGCCUGAAAACUAUGAACAAUCAACUAUUUACUUCUCUGACAUUGUUGGCUUUACAAGCAUAUCAGCUGACAGCAGUCCUAUGCAGAUUGUGGACUUCCUGAACGACCUGUACAGUUGUUUUGAUGACGUCAUAUCCACGCAUGACGUGUACAAGGUUGAAACGAUCGGAGACGCAUACAUGGUGGUGAGUGGCGUGCCCAGCAAGAACGGCAACAAGCACGUUGCGGAGAUUGCAAAUGUCUCGUUGGACCUGCUCAGCGCCGUUAUGUCCUUCAAAAUCAGACAUCGACCUCAUCAUCAACUCCAGCUGAGAAUUGGUUUAAAUUCAGGAGCAGUGGUGGCGGGUGUGGUGGGCAACAUCAUGCCCAGGUACUGCUUGUUCGGAGACACCGUCAACAUGGCCGCCAAGAUGGAGUCCAGUGGCAAACCUCUGCGCAUCCACCUGAGUCGCACAACCUACGUGGCUCUCAAAGCAUUCAAAGAUUACAAGAUAACUCCAAGAGGAGAGAUGAACAUUAAGGUUUAG